UCCCAGGGGAGAUCCAAAGCGAAGGGCACUGCUGGUCCCCAAAAAACCCAGUUAGAGGGGCAUAUAGGAGAGAAGAAAGCAUUGUUGAACCGUUAUUGUUUCAAGAAGACCUGGACUGGUUCCUCAGGAUCAAUGGGACCAGGCUAGAUCAGUAGGAGCUUUGAAAGAGGACGACUAAGAGUCUAGGGCGAUGGCGCUGAUUCGCCGCUGUCUGCUGGUGGUAGUGUUGUGGAUUGGGGUCAGAGAAGGGGCCGGUGGUGAGCAGAUGAAGCAGGCCCAGGCUCCUCUUAUCCCUCAUCGGCCCUUCAUCAUAGUCUGGAACGCCCCCACAGAGUCCUGCCGCCUUCGCUUCAAGGUGGACCUGGACCUCAGCGUCUUUGACAUCGUGGCCAACCUCAACGAGACCCUUAGCGGGCCCAAUGUCACCAUCUUCUACCAUAGCCACCUGGGCUAUUAUCCUUACUACGCCAGCUCUGGGAACCCCAUCAACGGGGGCCUGCCCCAGAACCAGAGCCUGUCCAAGCACCUGAGCAAGGCCAGGGCCGACAUCGACAAGCUCAUCCCUCACAAGGACUUCCGAGGCCUGGGUGUCAUUGACUGGGAGAACUGGAGGCCCCAGUGGGUGCGCAACUGGGGCUCGAAGGACAUCUACCGCAACAAGUCCAAGGAGCAGAUCCGGAAGCUCCAUCCAGAUUGGCCUGAGAGCAAGGUGGAGAAUGAGGCCAAGGAGGCCUUUGAGAGGGCCGGACAGGCCUUUAUGAACAAUACUCUACUGUUGGCCGAAAGUCGACGACCUGACGGCCUCUGGGGCUUCUACUUGUUCCCCGACUGCUACAACUAUGGCUACAAGACGCACCCGCAUCGCUACACAGGUGAAUGCCCCAACAUCGAGCAUGUCCGUAAUGACCAUCUGAUGUGGCUUUGGAGGGAGACCACAGCUCUCUACCCCUCUGUGUACCUAGACUACGAACUCAAGUCCUCGGCCAACACCGUCAAGUUUGUCCACUACCGCGUCAAAGAGGCCAUGAGGAUUGCCUCUAUCGCACGCACCGACUUCAUCCUGCCUGUGUUCGUCUACUCUAGACCCUUCUAUGCCUACACCUUCACGGUCCUCUCAGAGAGUGACCUGGUGCACACUAUUGGAGAGAGUGCAGCUCUUGGAGCGUCAGGAGUGGUACUUUGGGGCUCCUCAGAAUAUGCUCGAACUCAGAGAAACUGCCUGACCGUGAAGAAGUAUAUUGAUGGCCCGUUAGGCCACUAUGUCAUCAACGUCACCUCAGCCGCCAAGCUGUGCAGCAAAGCCCUGUGCAAGAAGAACGGCAAGUGUGUGAGGAAGAGCCUCGACUCAGGAGCCUACCUCCACCUCAACCCCCGCUUCUUCCACAUUCGCCGCAACCUGGGCCCCCGGGGGGCCCGCUUCCACGUGAGCGGCCAUCUUAACAACCACGACAUCCUGGACAUGAAGCACAAGUUUACCUGCCAGUGCUACCAAGGCUGGACGGGGGUCUACUGCGAGAUGCCCCAGAUGCCACCGCUCCCUCCCAUGCCCCGACCUAGGGACAACAGCCUGCUAGGGGACAUACUGGUCAUCCUGUCACUUCACUUCUCCUGUCUGUGUGUCAUCAUGUUCCUUGGUCUCUGCCUCAUCAUCAAGUGCUUGAUACUGUAGAGAGAGGACUACCCAGCAAACUGGGAACAUUCCCAGGACAUUAAAUAACAUUCUUAUUAAGUUCCAGCUAAUACUAGGAUGAUAAUAUCCCACAAACAUUUUUAAUCACCAAAUAUUUUUUUAUAAGAAAUGUUUCAAAUGAAAUAUAAUUGGAAUGUGCUCCUAACAUUCACUAAAUUGUUGUGCACAACAUCUGUAUAAACUACCACAGAACAUUCCCCUAAGGUUCACAUUAGGUUGCCAGGGAAUAUAAUAACACAACAUUGCGGUAAUGUUCUCAGAACUUACUGGUGCAACAAAAUGUGGAUGAAAUAGUGGUUGUGUGGAAACAUUACCAGAGCGUUCUGCUGAUUUUGAUGGAAAUGUUAUUCAAAACAACAAGCAGGGAAUAUUCCUACAAUGGUCUCAUAAAGUUAUAGUGUGACAUUAUGACAUGAUGUUCCAAAAACAUCCCUGAACAAACGUCAGCAAUUAUGUCUGGAUUCAAUUGAAUAGGUUCUGAAAAAUCUGCCCCAAUCAUUCGAAUUUUAAAUAUUUGGAAGUAGAUAUAUUUCCUGCCUGUCAUAAAACAAUUGCCAGAAACUUUAACAGAAUGCUAAAAUCAAUUAAAUCCGACCCCAGUAGACAGAUUAACAUUCCAAUUGCUUAAACUGGCAGAAUAUCUAUUGUCAAAAUGAAUAUAUUGCCACGGCUGAAUAUCUGUAGGUCAAUGCCUCCCAUGUCUCCCCCUUCUGGCUAUUGGGAUAAAAUUCAUAGUGUGGUUUCAAAAUGUAUAUGGAAAGGUAAGCAAUCCAGGAUAGAAAUAAAACAUUUACAAAUUUACAAAGAGGGAAAGACGUAGGAGGACUAUAUGUACCAAAUUUUAAAUAGUAUUUCCAGGCACUGACAUUUCGCCCCAUCCUAAAUUGGUUUACUGAUAUUUCCCUUAAACAAUGUAAACUACGUUUUGGUCCUAUUGUUGCUCAUACAAUUUCCAUUUGGCACAUAAUGGUUUGAGAACAGUCCAAGAUUUGAAAAACACAUACACAUUUCCAGGCGUCUCUUUCUUUCUAUAUUUACAACUUCGGUCAGCUAUGCUGGCCUAUGGAGUAUCUCGGGAAACCCAACUACCAAAACAUCCAAUGAUGGGAUUUAUAUAUAAAUGAUCUGGGCUACCAAAAGGACAAAUCUAUUUCGUAUAUAAACAACUUUUGGAAAGCUCAUAUUCAGAGGGAGCCAAUACAAAAGUAUGGUCUACAGAUCUAAGUGAAUUUGAAUAACCCUUUAACUGGAAAAGAAUAUGGGAAAAACAGAACCUUAGAAUCCGAUAAUUCGAACAAUCAAUGUAUAUAUUUUACAUUUGUUCAUAGACUGUAUUUAAUACCAAGGAAAUGUUUUAAUAUGAAAUUGGCCAUCAUUUAUUUUUUGUUUUCUUUUCCUAUAUAUACAGAAUGUAUUAUUACUUAAACUCUAAAAAAUAUUAUCAAAACUAUCAAUACUUUGUAGUUAUGUGCCUUUUGUAAUGUUUUUCUCUUAAAAAUGUUUCUUCUUCUUUUGAGUGGCAGCCCAUAGGUACAAUGUGUAAAAUAAUGAAAAUAUAUGAACGGAAUAUGAAAUUAUAAACAUUUAAAUAUUGUACCUGUAAAAAAAAAUAAUUUACAAAUAAAAUACAUAUUUGGUCAAACAUUAAAUGACUGGGAGGUUAUACAUAUGGAGCGUGCGACUCUCUUUGCUUGUAUAGUUUACGGUUUAUUCACCUCUGCACUAAAUCCUUUUGCGAGAGUCUUAUGAAGUUAUUCUGUAACGUUAUGACAUGAUGUUCCAAUGAUGUUCUAAGAACAUACUUCAAUGAUAAUGGAAGUGGCUCUGAAAACGUCACUGCAUUGCUCUGCCAAUAUUGAUGUGCCAUAUUAUUAUACGAAGUUGCCAAACUUUGAAACUUAGUCUAAAAUUGGCAUUUCAAUAUUUUUACAUGAUGCUAUCUAAUUAGGGUAUUGUCCAAAUAUAGUUUUAUAACUAGGGCUGGGCAACAUCGCCAAAAUAUAAUAUCACAAUAAAAAAAUUUUUUAUUUCUGAAUCCAUUUGGCAGUAUUUGAUGUUUUAUGUUUAAAAAAGAAAUGGGGAAAUUAAAAAUGCAAUUUGGUAAAUGGCAAAAAAAUAAAGUAAAAAUUAGUAAAUGCCACUCCGACAUUGCUCAUCCUAACAUUUAUAUAUUUUUUAACUCCAUUAUUUUACUUUAGAUUUGGGUGUAUUGUUGUGAACUGUUAGAUAUAACUGAAAUUGUUGGAGCUAGGAACUCAAGCAUUGUCACGGCCUGGCCUUAGUUAUCUUUGUUUUCCUUGUUAUUUUGGUUAGGUCAGGGUGUGACAUGGGUGAUGUAUGUGUUUUUUUGUAUGUUUAUGGGGCUGUAUCCUUUCUAGGUGUAUUGUAUGUAUAUGGUUGCUGUUAAAGGAUUUCUAAAUUCCUAUAUGUUUUGUAGCCAAAACCAAAUUCACACUCUAUCUAUUUCAUAAUAAGUUGUAAAUGUAUCAUUUUGCAUGAAAUAGAAAGGGACCCGUCUUAAAAACAAGUUCAGCAUUUAAUCUUGAUGAGUACUGCCCCAAAAUACAAAGAACAUUAUACUGCCCCAAAAUACAAAGAACAUUACAUUUUAAAGAGAGAACAUAAAA